AUGGACCCCGAACCUGUUGCGAAUCAGCAACAACUUUACACCUUGUAUGGUGAGGCUAUGGCUGUCCUCAAAGCAGAGCUGGAUGUGAAGAAUGCAGAUGGUCAGCCACAAUUCACAGAUGUUUGUGAAUGGUUGGGUCAGAAGCUAGGCUCCGAUGGGGAGAGGUCGGCUCACCAGGCAAAUCUGGAGCAGCUCUUGGCUAGCUGUGAAGCAGUGGCUGGAGCUGGGGUGACCUCCUUCCAGUCCUCAGUCCCCAGUCCUGCAGACCUCCAGGAGGGCAGUAGCAAGAUGUUGAAGCGGUUCUUUAACCCGACCAAGCAGCUGAGUGGCAACCUGAAGGUCUCGCCUACCGGUAACCCAGAGAUGUUGCAGAGACUGCAGGCUAAGUGGAAUGGCAAGAUCCAGGAGUAUGUCGACAGGCAGCAGCCACCCCCAAUUCAUCAGUCAUCCAUCUGUGCAGGGUUCCGUGAUUCUGGCAGAGAGUCCCAAGUCUACCUGAUGGCCUGUGUCAUGGUGCACUUUAAGGACCAGAUGAUGAAGGAUAUGAGUCCGGACGAGUACCACAAGAUGAUGUCCCAUUGGCGACUGGGACACUUGGACCAGAAGCUCUUCCCGGAAGUGGCAGCCAUGAGGCCAGACUUCAGCUUGACCGAUUUGGGGCUCCGGAUGCAGCAAGAAGAGGCCAGCAACAGUCUUGCAGUCUUGCAGUCCUCUGACCUGGUGGAGGAUGAAGCUGCUCAGGAGGCAGUGCGCUGUCUGACAAACCUUGCAAGGUCCCUCAAGAGAGAGCAGGAUGAGAUGCGAGGCCAUCGUGUGGCUUUCCAACGACACAUGGUGCAGACAGUGGCAGCCGAAGCCGAGUACCAGAAGUCCAUUGCAGAGGGGGUGGAAAGUGCAUGGGGUGAGCACUUGAUCUACUAUCAGGUGAAUGCCAGCAAGACAUUGGGAGUGGGGCAGGCUUUCGAACAUGCGACACACAGGACACUUGCCAGUCGUUUGAUGCAGGAUGUCAAGCAGAUUCCAGUCAUCACGGUGAUCAACAUUCCCAUGUUGGGUGCCGCUGCAUCAUCAUGUGUGACGGCUAUGGUGGGUCACAUGGCUUCGGAGCUCCAGCAGUCCUGCAGUCUUGCAGUCUACCUGAUCAUUCCACCCAACCAGGUCGGCCUCCAGCUCGGCCGCCAGCGGGUGGUUGCAAGCAUGAAGAAAUCCGAGGAGUACCAGCGUGCGAAGCUCUUGUUGCUCAACAAGGACAUGCAGUCUACCCCUCCGGGGGAUCCACCCGUUACACCACGCGUCUACGUGAGCGGCGUUUCGAAACGUACCUGGGAGCGUCAGUGGUACGUGUUCAAAAGCAGAGUUCGUGCAUACGCAGAGUGGGUCGAUUUGAUGACCUAA